AGGAAUUACAUACAUUGCUCUGGGCUCCGUUACGUUAGGGGGCUCCCGCCGUGGGGCUGAGCACACCCCGCCGUAGCAUCACAAUAACCCUGCCCUCGUUAGGUUUCUAGCACUAACAGAGCGUGCGUGGGUCUUUGCUGUCUCAUAUCAGAUCUGUCCCUGUGGGAGCUGGCUGAAGCUGAAGCAGAAGCAGCAGCAGAAGGUGGCGGCUAACCAGCCCUGCACCGGUUGGGUUCCUUUGUGUCACCAACAUGCAGUGAUCUGUGCUGCCUUGCAUCAGACCCAUCCCAACCCUACGUGAGUGAGUGGGACCACUUGAAGCAGCAGUAAGAGGCUGCAGCCUAGCCCUGCCCUCACUGGGCUUGCAUUAGCAGAGCAUGCAUUGAUUUGCUGCCUUGUCUUAGACUCAUCCCAGCCAUCGGGGUGCGUGGUGCAUGGUGUGGGAGAUACAAGGUCUCUAUAAUAAAUGAUAGAGGAUACAAUGACUUUGCUGUCUCUGCUGGGCCGGAUCAUGCGUUACUUCUUGCUGAGACCAGAGACCCUGUUCCUGCUGUGUAUCAGCCUGGCCCUUUGGAGCUACUUCUUCCACACUGAUGAGGUGAAAACCAUUGUCAAGUCCAGCAGGGAUGCUGUGAAAAUGGUGAAAGGCAAGGUGGCUGAGAUCAUGCAGAAUGACAGGUUUGGGGGACUGGAUGUGCUGGAUGCGGAGUUCUCCAAGACCUGGGAGUUCAAGAGCCACAAUGUGGCUGUCUACUCCAUCCAAGGGCGAAGGGACCACAUGGAAGACCGGUUCGAAGUGAUCACAGACCUUGUCAACAGGACCCACCCUUCUAUCUUCGGGAUAUUUGAUGGGCAUGGAGGAGAGUCAGCAGCAGAAUAUGUGAAGUCCCGCCUGCCUGAAGUCCUGAAACAACAUCUUCAAGACUAUGAGAAAGACAAAGAGAAUAGUGUGUUGUCUUACCAAACCAUCCUGGAACAGCAAAUUCUGUCAAUUGACCGAGAAAUGCUGGAAAAAUUGACUGUAUCCUAUGAUGAAGCAGGUACUACCUGUUUGAUUGCGUUGCUGUCAGAUAAAGAACUUACAGUGGCCAACGUUGGUGAUUCACGGGGAGUCUUGUGUGAUAAAGAUGGGAAUGCUAUCCCUUUGUCACAUGAUCACAAACCCUAUCAACUGAAGGAGAGAAAGAGGAUUAAAAGAGCUGGUGGCUUCAUCAGCUUUAAUGGCUCCUGGCGUGUUCAGGGGAUUCUGGCUAUGUCUCGCUCCUUAGGAGAUUAUCCACUGAAAAACCUUAAUGUUGUUAUCCCAGACCCGGAUAUUCUGACCUUUGAUCUGGACAAACUACAGCCAGAGUUCAUGAUCUUAGCAUCAGAUGGCCUGUGGGAUGCUUUCAGCAAUGAAGAGGCUGUUCGAUUCAUCAAGGAACGCUUGGAUGAACCACAUUUUGGUGCAAAGAGUAUAGUUCUACAGUCUUUUUACAGAGGAUGCCCUGAUAACAUAACAGUUAUGGUGGUGAAGUUCAGGAAUAGCAGCAAAACAGAAGAACAGUGAAUUUAUGACCGCUUUCUCCCACUUCUCUUGUGAACUUAAAACAAACUCUUGCAUUUUAAUGUAGUAGAAAGUUCUAGUAAUUAUCAUUAAGAUUGUAUGUAAAAGGAAUGGGAAAGAUCCCUCUGAUCUGUUCCUUACUGAACAAAAAGGAAGAACAUGAUAAGUAUGUUUGGGAUAGCCAUAACAAUUAAGUUCCCCACCUUGUCCUGCCUCCCAUCACCAUCCCUUCCUUUAUUAUAGUUGAUUUCUAAGGUUUAAAAUUCCUACUGAGCCUUUUCCAAAUACUGAUGCUUCUUAACUUUCUAAUAGCUGAAGCUGCAUUCAGACAAGCAUUAAGGGGACAAGACACUCAUACCAAGCAAUAGAAAUGACACUUCUUUUCACUCAGAGAUGUAACUAACCUCACAACUGCACUCUUCAAUGUUUCACAUCCUUGUUUUUCUAAUCUGCAGUGAUAGAUUGAAAAGGAUUUGUAAUUUUUGGACUGACGUUUACAUUAAGAAAAAAGAGAAGCUAAACGGUAGCCUCUGUCAGUCCACAAUUGGCCAAGCUCUUCAUUUUUUAUAAUUAAAUGUGUCCUGUCUGCUACAUGACUAGCUAAAUGUACCCUGCUUCCAAGCAACUACACAGUCUAUGACUUUCAUGACACUUCUCCUAUGCCAAACUGCAUUCCAAUCAACUUGAUAAACUCCUCACCAAACUCUAAGGUUUGAUGCCUUCAGUCACCAAGGAACUGUUGGGGAACGCCUAGCACUUGUUCCUGCUUUUUAGCAAAGAAUUUUCAUAAACAAAAAGAGGGAAAAAAUAAAAGAUGCUUUCAAGCAAAGCAGAGCUUUGUAUGAUGUUCUAGGGAAGGGGUGGGCAAUAAUUUAAUGUGGGGUCACUAAGAUGUUGGUAAGUAGUCAAGGACUGCCCUUUUCCAUGGAGUGUGGGGUCUGGGACAGAGGUUGGGUACAGAAGGGAGCUUUGAGGUAUGACAUUGGGCUGCAGGAGAGGGU